AUGUACUUCUCCACCCACCUCGCCCUCGCCACUACCACGGCCCUAACCCUCCUAACCACCACCGCCACCGCGCAGCUCACCCUAAGCCUACCAACGGGCUACUCGGGACACAUCAGCAUCAGCAAAGCGCAAUACCAGUCCUUCGCCGCCUCCAAGGACAUCACGCUACCCCCUCUCUUCGACGUCGUCGCCGACCCGAUCUCCAUCACGGCCGGCGACGGCACCUGCGCGGCCGACGACCCGAACCGCGUCGCCGCGUUCCCGGACGGCUCGGGGAUUACGGGGGAUUUGUGCGUGCCGGACGGCAAGAUUGACUUCGAUAUUGGGGUUCUGCAGAAGAGGGGGUGGAGCUGCUGGGCGGAUUGUGCACAUUUGGUUUGGGAUGAGGAUGUGGAUGCUCAUGAUCAGUGCAUUGACGACUGCAACAACAGCGCCAAAUAG